AUGGAAACUCUGGACGACAACACCAUGGGUUCCGUCCUGGAACAGACAACCCUUGAGAAAGUGCGCUUGGGUUGUGUUCCCGAGCAUUUUUCGUCGCCCGUUUACCAGGCAGUGGCCAAUGAGCUGUUUGGACAACAUGGCUUGGACGUGGAGAUUAUCAGCUGUCCUGGAGGGACUGGCGAGAUGGUCAAUAUGCUCAAUACAGGCCAGCUGGACGUGGCCAUUGCCCUUACGGAAGGGUUGGUGGCCAGUCUCGUCAAUACGGAUGCACAGUUUCGUCUUAUUGGAACCUACGUAAGUACGCCCCUGACAUGGUCCAUCGCGACGUCUCCGAAUGGUUCACACGCAUCCACUCCACGCGAGUCGCCGGGUCCGGAAGCCUGGAAGGGGCUUCAGAAUUGCAAGAUUGGCAUCUCGCGUUUCGGAAGUGGCAGUCACAUUAUUCCGUAUGUGAUGGCGGAUGAGCUGGGAUGGUUGGAAGAGGAGAAGGAGCCUUUUUCGUUUGUGCCGUUAAAGAAUAUUCAUGGGUUGGUGGAGGGUGUUAGGGAUGGGACUGUUGAUGCGUUUUUGUGGGAGAGGAUCAUGACAAAGCCCUUUUACGACUCUGGAACCCUCCACCAUCUUUCCAACAUCACACCUCCCUGGCCUGCUUUCCUCCUUGCCGCCACCCCCAAGGCCUUGGCCGCCACCCAGGCCCUUCGAGGCAUGUUGGACGCUAUCACCACCCAAUCCCAAGCCUUUUUCCAGGGCCGCGAAACGGGUUCAUCCAUCAAGUACGUUGCGGAUCGGUUUAAACUCCCGGAGGAGGACGUCAAGACGUGGUUCGCUUCGGUAGAGUACCCCCGCAAUUCACGCGAAUUGAGCCGGAAAGUCAUCCUGGACUGUGUACGAGUAUUGAAAAAGGCUGGAGUCAUUGCGGAUAGAAAGCGUGAUGUGAAACUGGAGGACCUCGUGGAUGAAAGGGUGGCUAUUUUGCGGGACUAG